AUGUAUAGAUUUUGGCUCGUUUUCAGCGCUUUGCUGCUGCUGCAGCUGCAGACCACACAAGGCCAAGUGGAAAGUGAUGAAGCCGGCGAGUUUGAAAUCGCAUUGCGGCUAUUACAUAGCACACUUUUCCAGCAAGUUGUUAGCGCAAACGAAAAUAUCGGAUUUGAGACGCGCACCAUCUUUGAAGAUGAUCUCCGCGAAUUUAUGGAAUUUGUGCGAUUGCAAAUGCCUUGCGGCUAUCCACCAGCAGGCAUACCACCGCUGGUACCACUGCAUGCCGACUAUAAAGAUGUGAAUGUGGUACUUAAUAAAACAGAAAUACACGGCAACGUAACGGAUCUUAAUAUCAGCGGUCUCGACGAGUUUGACGUACAGGAACUACACUUCAGUAAUAUUCUGCACAAAGUGCGUUACGAUUUUCGUUUCCCUGAAAUUUUGAUCACUGGCAAUUAUAUGACUAACAUAACCACUAGGAUGUAUGGUCCCAAAUUUCACAUCUAUGGCGAUGGCAUAUUGCAUUUGACUUUGAAGAAUUUACGCAUUUAUGGCAGUUUUAUAGUACGUCCAAAAAACUCGGGUAGCUUGAAAUUGCGAAAAUUCAAGGCAACAGUCGAACUGGGCGAUGUGGAGUCUAAGCUGACUGGUAUUUUGGGUAGCGCACUGAAGACGAAACUUUUUAACGAUUGGAUGGAAGAGUUUAUUGAUAUGACGCUGAAUGACAAUCAAGAGGAAGUUAGCGAACUAUUGGAAAACUGGGCGGAACCACGUCUAAAUAGAGCGCUGGAUGAAGUGUCAGUUAUUGGUGUAGUUGCAUUGAUAUUAGGCAUUAUUGAUGGUUCAAUAAUGCCACAAGAGACCUUGUGUUAA